GGCUGUACUGCAGGGAGCGGGGUGAGGGCACCAGGGGGCUCUUCCCGGGCAGUCAGGGCUGACCCGAUGCCCCAGGGCAGUGCGGGGGCUUUGCGGGGAGCAGCGGUACCGCAGGCUGGAGGAGAUGGAGGGGGCGUCACACACACUUGUACUGUGGCGGCUAAAUGGCGCACAGUGUAGCUGCUGUUUGUGGGCAGGAGAGAAGUCUCCCCCCAGGAGCGGGAGCGGCUUUGUCGCAGGAGAGCUGUUCACACCCGCACUUUGCCUGGGUAAAACAUUUGUCCUUCGGAGGUGUUAAAAAAACCCUCCCAAACAACAAAAGUUUUCCCAGUGUGGACCUAGCCUGAGUCUGCUGGGGACAGGGCCUGGUCCUUCUGACCUUGCUGUCAGGGAUCCCCCUCCCGCGCGGCCCCCGCUCCCCGACUCACUCUGCCCUCAUUGGCUCGGGGCUGGCAGCUGCGGGCACAGAGCUGAGCAGACAGAGAGAAAAAGAGAAGUUGACGGUCUGAGAGGCGUGUGGGCUGCGGAGGAACUGAAAGCACGUGGGGAUCCUGGGCCCCUCGUCCCGCUGCCCUGACGCCCACCAGAGCCCGGGUCCCCCUUCCCCUGCCGGGAUGCUGCUCGCUCUGCUGCUCCUCCCCUGGGCAUGGGGGGCCCUGGCCACCUCCCCUCCUGUCCCCCCAGCGUCUGUCACCCUCCGGCUGCUCCAAAUCAACGUCUUCCACAACGCCAGCUCCACGGACAUGGACGGGAUGGCCCUGCUGGGCGACCUGGAGACCCACUCCAUGGACUGCAGCACCUGCGAGAUCCGCUUCCUGCAGCCCUGGGCCCAGCAGGGCCUGACCCCGAAGCAGUGGCAGGACCUGGAGCUGCUGAUCCAUCGCUACCUGUUCAACUUCAACCGGACUGUGAACAGAUUAGCCCAGCACCACGGAGGGAGCUACCCCUUUGUUACCCAGGUCUCCCUCGGCUGCGAGCUGCACCCCAACGGCACCUCGAGGGGAUUCUAUGACGCCGCGGUGAACGGCGAGGACUUCAUCAGCUUCGACGUGGACGGAGGCGAAUGGGUCGCUCGGCAGGAGGACAAUGUGGCUGCGCUCUACACGCGGGACCUUCUCAACCGGGAUAAGGGCACAAGAAGCACGAUUCAGUUUCUCCUGAGAAUAACGUGUGUCAGUGAGCUCCAGAGCUUUGUCCAGUACGGGAACGAGUCUCUGGAGAGGCAAGAGCGGCCGGUCGCCGUGGUGUUUGCCCGAGCGCCUCCCCCAGCCGGGACCCCCGCGCCGGUACUGCUGGUUUGCCGGGUCACCGGUUUCUACCCCCGGCCCGUCCGCGUGGCCUGGCUGCAGGACGGGGAGGAGGUGGGGCCGGGCGGGCGGCUGAACUCCAGCGGGAUCCUGCCCAACGCGGACCUGACCUACCAGCUGCGCAGCUCCCUGGCCGUGGGGCCGGGCGCCGGGCACAGCUACGCCUGCCGGGUGCAGCACAGCAGCCUGGGGGGCCGGAGCCUGCUGAUCCCCUGGGAGCAGAGCAGGCCCUGGGGCCCCGGCCUGGUCGUGGGCAUCACCCUGGGGGUUGUGGCCGUAGCCGCCAUGGCCGUGGUGCUGUGGCGGUGCAGACGCAGGGGCUACCAGGAUGUUGGACCAGGGGAGUCCAGUCCCUGAGGGGGCGGCACCGGCCCUGGCCCCAGCAUGGGGAUCGGCCCCUCUCCUGGGGACAUGGCACUCAGGGCUGGGUCUGUGCC